GUGAACUUGUUUGAGACUAGAAGAGUUUUUUCUUAUCAGUUAAAUCCAUAAAUCACAGUUAAACACAGAAACGUGUUUCUCUGUCCUGUGUGUACAGGACACACAGGACAGAGACACACGUUUCUGUGUUUAGCAAUUGAGGAAUUCCUCUCAAUUCCUCAAGUGAGAGAGGAAGUGAUUCCUCUCAGUUUCAUCUGGGAUAUUGAGAGGAAUCAUUGUAGUAUGUAAAUAGUGACUGAUCUAAAAGUAUUUAUGAGAUUCCUUCGUUUGUAUGUGGUCUAUAGGGACUGGAAUGUUUAGAAUUGUCCUCCGUCCCAUAGAUCGCUAAUAAAUUCAAAACAUUCCAGUCCCUACAGGCCACAUACACCAAAGGUCCAGAGGGCAGUGUGAAGGUUGAGCAACACCAUGGCUGUUGCAAAGGCCUGGGUUCAGCUCCACCACAAGAUUGAUCUGAUGUACUCCAAGCGUUCCUUGGUUCAUUGGCGUGAGGGUGAGGGCAUGGCGGACGGAGGAUUCUCUGAGGCCAGGAAGGACAUGGCUGCACUGGGAAAGGAUUAUGAGGAGAGUUUAAUCUAAAUCCUGGGGAUCCAGGAGGCCUGAAGGCUGCAGGCUGCUCUGCUUCACCUGGAUGAGAUGUUGCAGGUCUUUGCUUUCUUGAUGGGAACUGGGUCGUACCUUUGCUGCUGAUGGUUAGAUCUUUAAAAAUGCCUUCCACCCUGAGGGCGGCGUUCCACAUCUCAGCGUUCGGCUGGUACACUUUCAUUGUGAAUUAUCUGGCAGCAAAGGAUGGAGAGGAGCUACCUGCAGGACUCUUCGUCUAUGGAGGACCAUGGAAGUACCUCACCUUCCUGAACUUGUUAUUGCAAAUGAUGUUCUUUGGCCUGGCAGCAGUGAACGAUCUCCAACCAGGGAAGAAGGCAGAGAGCGUGCUGAACAGAUGGAAAGACCUCCUCUUCUCCGUCUUUGCCUUCCCUGUAGGGACGUUUGUGGUCGUGUUCUUCUGGACGGUCUUUGCCUAUGACAGAGAGUUAAUCUACCCAGCAACCAUCGAUGCCUUCUUCCCUCCCUGGAUAAACCACGCCAUGCACACAUCGAUCCUUCCUGUUUUGCUUGGAGAAGUGCUGGUGCAGCCUCACACGUACCCACAGACGAGGCAUGCCCUGGCAGCGCUAUCAGUCGUGGGCUUGGCUUAUUUAUCCUGGAUCGUGUGGAUUUAUCUGGCUGUGGGAGUUUGGGCGUAUCCCCUCCUCGGACACUUCAGCGCCACUGGCCUGCUGGGCUUCUUCUUCUUCAACAUGGCGGUGGCGUCCCUGCUCUACCUGCUCGGCGACCGGCUCAACAGUCAAAUCUGGAGUGAGACGUGUUACAUUUAUUCAUGGCGUUUAGCCUCUUUGUGUGGGUUUCUCCUUUAUAUCGCUGCUCUUUUGUUUUCUUCAUUCCAGGAAAGGACAAAGUGGAUUGAUUUCUGCACGUCUGAGACAGCUGUACCCCAUAUAACUACAAUUAUUGUUUCCAGGUCAACACAAAAAUACAUGACAAGAAUCCAAGCAGCAUAAUAAAUCAGCUUCCACACGC